AUGGAGACUAAGUUCUAUGACAUGGCUGAGGAUGUAAAACUUCUCAUGCCCGCUAUGGCCACCAUCCUUGAUAAGAUGGAUGAGGUUCACAAGGCAAUGCCUGUAAAAGAAGACCUUACUCACGGCCUCUCUGCUGUCAAAGCUGAGGAUGAUGAUGAUGCCCUGAUAGCUCCGACUACUCAUGAAGAUCUUCCCUCCACCUCUGCAUUGCAAGAUAUUGGUGAUGAGGAAGAAGAUGAUGAAGAGGACGAUGAGGAUGAAGAACCUCAGAUCCCUGAUGUUAUACAAGACCUUAGAGACAACAACGAUGAUGAUGACAACGAUGAUGACGACUUAACCAUCCAGUACCAUCCAAGACUGGCUCAGAAGGGUGUAUCCCUUAGGGAACCAGCUUCCUAG